AUGUGGUUAUGUCUUGGUUCUACGCUGGAGAGGCUUAACAGAUCUUCCUCAAUCAUGGCAGUGUUUAGCAGCAGUGAAUGGCAGUGGAAUGACUCAGAACAUUCUGAGGGAAACUACAGCCUGAUAUCAGGCACUGAAGAAGUGAAGCGGAAUUACUAUGCCAUGCUCUAUUCCCUACUCAUCCUAGCUAUUGUGUUUGGGAAUGUCCUGGUGUGUAUUGCUGUGCUUAGAGAGAAAGCUCUGCAGACCACCACCAAUUACCUGGUGGUCAGCUUGGCUGUGGCUGAUCUCUUGGUUGCCUCACUGGUCAUGCCCUGGGUGGUCUAUUUGGAAGUGGUUGGUGGAGCUUGGCUCUUCAGUCGCUUGUAUUGCAAUGUUUUUGUGACCCUGGAUGUGAUGAUGUGCACUGCAAGCAUACUCAACCUGUGUGCCAUCAGCAUUGACAGGUAUACAGCCGUGGUGAUGCCAGUGCUAUACAACACCACUCACAGCUCCCGCAAAAGGGUUUCAGUCAUGAUUGCAACAGUUUGGGUCCUUGCUUUUGCAGUCUCCUGCCCUCUUCUGUUUGGAUUCAACACUACAGAUAACCCUGCAGUGUGCUCGAUUUCAAAUCCCGAUUUUGUUAUCUACUCCUCUGUGGUGUCGUUUUACUUGCCGUUCAUCGUGACCCUUCUGGUCUACGUGCGCAUCUACAUCUUUCUCAGAAGGAGACGGAAGAGAAUCACCUUCCGUCAAAGCAGUGGCAAAGUUCAGCCAUCAUCUCUACCACUAUCUGCGGAGACGUGUUUACAAGACAACACUCACAAAGAGAAAAGAGACCUUUCCCCCAUCAGGAUCAAUGUGAUAAAUGAAACCAAGGAGCAGGUGAUGCGUCCGCGGCUCCUCGCCAGCUGCCUGUGGCGUAAGCGGCCUCAAACCGCCCCUGCCGAGAACUCGCUGCUGCCUCCUGUGAUCACGCUGAACUACUGCAGCAUCAGCCAGGCAUCCUUUGCUCGUACUGAGCAAGAUGCAAACCGUGAGGAAGAGGAGGGUGGGGACGAGGAGCAGGUGACCGUUAGGAGCUGCGAGGUGAAGAAGUUGUCAAACGGACGCACACACACAACCCUGCAUCCGCCGCGGCCCGCUCGUAUCAUGGUGUGUCCCAGUCAGGUCCGCUGUAGAAGUAUGCACUCCAAGGAAAAGAAAGCCACACAGAUGUUGGCCAUCGUUCUGGGGGUUUUUCUUAUUUGCUGGCUGCCCUUCUUUGUGACCCACAUCCUAAACACUCACUGCAGAGCUUGUCACAUUCCUCCUGAGGUCUACAGCGCCUUCACUUGGCUCGGCUAUGUCAACAGCGCUCUCAAUCCAGUCAUCUACACCACAUUCAACAUUGAGUUCCGCAGAGCCUUUAUUAAAAUCCUGAGUUGUUAAACCAUUGGCUAUUCUCUCAUAUAAUGCCCAAUGCAUCUUCCAGACAUUAUGGAUUCAAUUUUGGGAUACAAAGCGCCAAAUGCAGGGGAUAUUAAAGACCUUGAACAAUCUGAAGGGGAUUUCAAAUUCACUACAAAGCUCACUACACUUGGAAUUGGUGGAUUAGCGUUCAUCUGUAUCUUCUUCAAACUCCAUAGUUCAUUUUGAGACAACAGACCAAUCUGGAGUCCCAGAUGGUGCUUCACACUCAACAACAAAGCCUAGAAUAUCUUCUGGACAUUAUUCACCACCUUGUCGCAUGCAGAGCGAAGUCUGAGGUCAUCAUCGUGUUUGCAUGUGUCACACCGCUGAAUGAAACUGAAUUGAGUUUUGACUGAAACUAUUCAGUUGUAAAACAACAAAGACAACUGUUUAUGUGGCUACAAAGCCCAGUGAUUUGUCAAAGGGACCAUGAAGCAGGUGGACCACAGGAGCGGAAAGUAUUAAAAGCUCCAAGAUGUGUUGUGCCUUUAAUGGUUUCUCCCUCCUAAGAGCGAGUUUCGUGAUCCAACUGCAUAUCAGGAUAGAAAAGAGAAG